AUGCGGAAAGUUCUUGUUGUUGAUGGGACAUUUUUGAAGAGCAAGUACAAAGGAGUAUUACUUGUUGCUACAGCUUUAAAUGGAAACUCUAACUUGUAUCCUAUUGCAUUUGGGGUUGUGGACUCAGAAAAUGAUCGUUCUUGGGAUUGGUUUCUGAGACAUCUAAAACUUGUUGUUGCGGACGAGCGUUCUCUAGCUUUUGUGUCAGACAGAAAUGGCUCGCUUUGCAAAGCAAUAGAGAAUGUGUAUCCUCUUUCUCAACAUGGAAUUUGCAUUCACCAUUUGUUGAAUAAUGUGGUCACACAUUACAUAGGCAAGGGACUGGUCGGAUUGAUUGCAAAAGCUUCCAAAUCUUAUAGAGUCGUUGAUUACGAGAAGCUAUUCCAUGCCGUGUGCAAUAUAAGUCCAGCUAUUGGAAAAUAUUUAACAGAUGCAGAAGUUGGAAAGUGGGCUCGCUGUCAGUUUCCAGGAUACAGGUACGACAUGAGGACGACAAAUCCAGCUGAAUCAAUAAACUCUGCUUUGCGCAGACCAAGAGAGUAUCCAGUGAUUCCUUUGUUGGAUAGCAUCAGAGAAAUGCUGACCCGUUGGUUCUUCGAACGUCGAAAUCUAAGCAGGAAGCACACUAAACCAUUAACUAUUGCUAUCGGAAAAAAGAUAGAUAGGCGGAUUAGAAAGGGUAGAACGUUUCUUGUCCAGCCGGUUAACGAGCAUCGUUUUUUGGUUCUUGGAGAUACAAUUGACUGCCUGGUUGAUUUGGACAGAAGAACUUGCUCAUGUGGGAAAUACGAUCUGCUAAAAAUUCCAUGUAGACAUGCCAUCAAGGCUGGUUUGACAGUUGGUCGAACCCCAUCCUCGCUAACGGAUGACGUCUACACUACUGCCACAUGGAGAACAGCUUAUCAAGAAACUAUAAAUCCAAUAGGUGUUCCUGAGGAUAGUUGGGUUGUUCCAGAUGUAGUUGGCAAUACUAAUGUGCUUCCUCCUGAAUCAAGAAGAGGAGCAGGAAGGAGAAGAAAACGCAGGUACGUAACAGUUGAAGACAAGCUCCGUUCAUCGCAAGGAAGUCAACAAAAAAGGAGACGCAAAUGCAGUCGUUGUGGCGAAGAAAAUCAUAACAGGGCUACAUGUGACAGAGCUAUUUAA